CGGUUAUAUUGUAUAUAUUGAAUUGUGUAUUCAAUUGUAAUAACUAAGCGCUGAGAAAGUGUGAUCCAAUUCACUCGAAGAUGGAUUUCGUGAUUUUAUCCAAUUUUAAUAUGUCAACCAUGAUAACCUGUGCAUUUGGUGAAACGACAAAAGAAAAUGACUCUGGUUUGUGUGACAGUACAAAUUCUUGCAUAUUCAAUGCAACUACAUGGCAAAAUCCCUGUCGUAUAUCUGGUGUCGCCUUGAUAGGUACGGCUCUAAUAUUGGCGCUCAUCAUUAUACUCAUCAAAGCGUUACACACCGCAUCUACAUGGAAUAACAUCCUCAUGGUUAUAACGUUGAUUGAUAUGACUGUCGGAGUUGGAUUAUUGACUGCUUUUGGAUAUUGGUAUCAGCAGCUCAUUGCCGCAACUGUGCCAGUCUCAACAUUGAUCUUUGCUAUUAUAUCAGGUAUAAAAAUGAAAGGGUCUGCAGGCAAAUGGAGGGUACUACUAUUUUCAUUUUUCUUGGUAUUGGUGACAGCUGGAAUUGUCUUCAGCAUUUUGAGUAUAAUUUACAUGAAUGGGCGUAAGCAAAAUAUUGUGUUUGCGAUUCUAUCGGCAGUUUGUUGGUCCGGUGCAAUGUUUAUCAUGAUUACAUUGACUACGUUCUAUUUGACAAAACAUGUCAUAUUGAAAGACUACUCUGUAGUUUAUAUGACAUUUAUACUUUCGGUGGAAUAUAUGAUAAUGUUGAUUAUUUCACAUCUACAUGUCAAUUAUUUUUAUUAUUGUU